CAUGCGCGGGAAGACCUAUUGGCGUUCCUUUUUUUUAAACAAACUUUGUGGACCCUUCUGAUGGCGGCGCACGUCAAACGUCGGGGUGAGCCCGGCCAAAAGAGCUUGUCGUCUGAGGGAACAUCCUCCACAACCGAAAGACAAACAUCCGGGGAUACCUCAGCGGUGCUGCUGAAGCUGUUGGCGGCGGUCUUUUACGGAGUCAGCUCGUUCCUCAUCGUCGUCGUCAACAAAAGCGUCCUCACCAACUACAGAUUCCCGUCAUCAACAUGCGUUGGAAUUGGCCAAAUGCUGGCUACGGUUGUAGUUCUGAGGAUUGGGAAGAUGUUGGGAGUUAUCUCAUUUCCAGAUUUGGAUUCGAGUAUUCCACGCAAGAUGUUCCCGCUGCCACUGUUGUAUGUCGGGAAUCAAAUAUCAGGACUGUUUGGGACACAGCGCCUCAAUUUACCCAUGUUUACUGUGCUGAGGAGGUUCAGUAUUUUUCUUACCAUGGUGUUUGAGGGAUUCUUGCUAAAAAAGACCUUUUCUACCUCCAUUAAAAUGACGGUGUUCACCAUGAUCUUUGGUGCUUUCAUCGCAGCCAGCGCCGACUUAGCUUUUGAUCUGGAAGGAUACGUAUUCAUAAUGCUGAAUAACGUUCUGACAGCAGCCAACGGGGCAUAUGUGAAGCAGAAGCUGGACUCCAAGGAGCUGGGCAAAUAUGGUCUUCUUUAUUACAAUGCUUUGAUAAUGAUUUUCCCCACUCUGGCGUACGCUUACUACUCAGGGGACUUGCAAAUGGGGCUGGAGUAUAAUGGUUGGUCUGACCACAUGUUUGCUGUGCAGUUUGUGCUCUCCUGUGUCAUGGGAUUUAUUUUGAUGUACUCCAUCAUGCUGUGCACACAGUACAACUCCGCACUCACCACCUCCAUCAUUGGCUGUAUUAAGAAUAUCCUUGUGACAUACAUUGGAAUGGUGUUUGGAGGGGACUACAUAUUCACCUGGACUAACUUUAUAGGUCUGAACAUCAGCAUUGCUGGGAGCCUGGUGUACUCCUAUAUCACCUUCACACAGGAGCAAUCAAAAAAGGCAUAAACUAAAGAGUGAAACCCCGCCUGGGACUAAAGAACUUCAGCCACAUUGUCGCGUGUCGUCUUCUACGUGGAAACGUUUUUAUGAGCGGUGGCAAGCACAGAGAAGACUCGUGGAUGUGGUUGAAGAGGACACACAGAGGGUCGUUCAGCCAUGAGAGAGGACGAUCUGCUGUGGUGAUCCCUAUAUGAACUUAAUGAAAAAAUGAACAAUUAUAAAAA